CAAAGCAAAAUAUAUUUGGCGUUUUUCCUGCUAUCACAACUCUCAAAAAGCUGCCAUAAAUUAAAUCCUACCACAUAAUUUGAACUCCCUCCUCCACCCACCCACUUACCUGAUACCUCUCCCUUGCAUGUUUGCACGUGUAAAAGUGAGAGAUGGAGAUGGAACUUUUUCUAAGUGAAAUCUUGAGAACAAGAACGUUCUGCCACAUGCCUCAGCAUCGAUUGAAGAUCGUAGAAGAGCUGAAAAAUGACGGCAAGGAGAAAGUUGUUUGUGUGGAGUGCAACAAACCGGUCAUACUGGUUCUCGCUUUCAAAUGCACGGCCUGCCCAUUCUUCUGUCAUGUGUCAUGCUUCGGAGAAACUGAGCGAUUCAAGUCAACAUUUCUUUUUCAUUUCGGUAGUAGGCAUGAUGAGUUGAUGUUGACAGAAGAGCAGAAAAUUGAUGGCGAGGAGGGAGUUGUUUGUGUGGUGUGCAAGGAGAAAGUAGAGGCGGGUCCCAGAUACAAAUGCUCCGCCUCUGAAUGCAACUUCCAGCUUCACAAAUUAUGCGCCCAGCUGCCCCGGGAGAUGCACCACCGCUCGCACCCAAAUCACAUCCUUAUUCUUCAGUGGCCAAUGCGAGAUUCCAGUAAUAGUAAUUGUGACGCUUGCGGUAACAGGUGCGGUGAACGCCUCUUUUACAAGUGCGAGGAGUGCGAUUUUAUAAUUGACAUCACAUGUGCUACCGACACGCACCUCAAUAAUAUUGACGACUACCAACACAUAUUCGUUCCCAUCUUUAAGAAGAUCCACUUCACUUGUCAAGCUUGUGGUCAGGAAGGCAUGGACUUCGCCUCCUCAUGCACCAUCUGUGAACUCUUGAUUCACUCCAGAUGUGUUGGAUUUCCACGCACUAUGAUAAUUUCAAGACACGAUCACGCCCUCUCUCUUAUUUAUUCCCUUCAUCAUCAAGUCAAGGACUUUAACAACGUAUUUUGUAAAUUAUGUGGUCAAAAGGUGAAUACACAGUAUGCAGCCUUUUCUUGUCAGGAAUGUGAUUUUGUAGCACAUUUGUACUGUGCAAAAGCAUGUAGAAGCGAGUCGCUGCCUGAAAAUUCUGUAGAUGUUGUGGAGAAGAUCAACCCAGGUGAGAUACAACAGUAUUUUAUCCAUCCACAUAAUUUAAUUCUUAGCCAUGAUCAAGAACUCCUGCAUGAUAAGCUGUGUGAUGGUUGUAUGCAUUUUAUAAUCUCGGUCCCAUUCUACAACUGUACGCAAUGUAACUUUUUUCUUCACACUACAUGCGCUCAACUACCAAAACAGAAGAAACACAUACUUCAUCAACACACGCUCGCCCUCCUCUCAUGUGCACCUUAUGCUGGUGGAUUAUUCUCUUGCAAUGCUUGCGGCCGUCUUCGUCAUGGCUUCACCUAUAGAUGUGACAUGUGCCAUUUUGAUAUGGAUGUUCAAUGUUGUUCAGUUCCAAAAACCUUGGGACAUGAAGGUCACCAACACUCACUCUUCCUUCCCCUAGGCACAGAUACGACGAACACCUUCUUGUACUCACCUACGCUGCUAAAGACAAUUCCGAAGAACAUUAUUGUCUGAUUUGUGAAGAAGAAAGGGAUCCAAAGCACUGGUUUUAUUAUUGUGCAACAUGUGACUUUCCUGCUCAUCCCCAAUGCGUUUUAGAAAAAUAUUCACACAUCAAGUUUGGAAGUACUUUCACAUAUAAAGGUCAUCAACACCCUAUCACCUUUGUUCGAAAGACUCGGUGCUCGCCUCCAUGUGAUGCCUGUGGCAAGACUUUCGAUGGUAUGGCCCUACAAUGCUCCCAAUGCAAGUUGAACGUCCACUACUUGAAAUCCUGUUUUGAUAAAUUAAUUGAUUAAGUGCUACAUACGUCCGUAACAUUGCUUGGUCGUAUGAGUAAGUUUGGUUGUAGAGUUGUCGAGUCCAUUAAGUUGCGGUUUAUUGGGUCCAAUAAAGCUAAGCAAUUGUGAUUGCAUCAGCUAUCGUACGUUUUGUUUAUAGUUUGGAGUUCAUUUCGGUCGGGAGUUUAUAUUGAAGUCUAAUUAGAACUAUUAUGAGUAUUUAUUGUGU